AUGCACUCUCGUCUAGCCUCCCCUCUCGUGCUCCCUUGUCUCCUACCCAUCUUUCUCUCGUGCUCCCUCGCAUGCCGUGUUAUCCCCGGCCAAAGCCUCGAUUAUGGCAAUUCCCUCUCUCGUGCCAGGCCACUCAUUCCCUCUCCAUCCCUCUCGCACACCCCCUCUCAUACACACUCAUCCCCUCUCCAUCCCUCUCGCACACCCCCUCUCAUACACACUCAUCCCUCUCCAUCCCUCUCGCACACCCCCUCUCAUACACACUCAUCCCCUUUCCAUCCCUCUCGCACACCCCCUCUCAUACACACUCAUCCCCUCUCCAUCCCUCUCGCACACCCCCUCUCAUAUACACUCAUCCCCUCUCCAUCCCUCUCGCACACCCCCUCUCAUACACACUCAUCCCCUCUCCAUCCCUCUCGCACACCCCCUCUCAUACACACUCAUCCCCUCUCCAUCCCUCUCGCACACCCCCUCUCAUACACACUCAUCCCCUCUCCAUCCCUCUCGCACACCCCCUCUCAUACACACUCAUCCCCUCUCCAUCCCUCUCGCACACCCCCUCUCAUACACACUCAUCCCCUCUCCAUCCCUCUCGCACACCUCCUCUCAUACACACUCAUCCCCUCUCCAUCCCUCUCGCACACCCCCUCUCAUACACACUCAUCCCCUCUCCAUCCCUCUCGCACACCCCCUCUCAUACACACUCAUCCCCUCUCCAUCCCUCUCGCACACCCCCUCUCAUACACACUCAUCCCCUCUCCAUCCCUCUCGCACACCCCCUCUCAUACACACUCAUCCCCUCUCCAUCCCUCUCGCACACCCCCUCUCAUACACACUCAUCCCCUCUCCAUCCCUCUCGCACACCCCCUCUCAUACACACUCAUCCCCUCUCCAUCCCUCUCGCACACCCCCUCUCAUACACACUCAUCCCCUCUCCAUCCCUCUCGCACACCCCCUCUCAUACACACUCAUCCCCUCUCCAUCCCUCUCGCACACCCCCUCUCAUACACACUCAUCCCCUCUCCAUCCCUCUCGCACACCCCCUCUCAUACACACUCAUCCCCUUUCCAUCCCUCUCGCACACCCCCUCUCAUACACACUCAUCCCCUCUCCAUCCCUCUCGCACACCCCCUCUCAUACACACUCAUCCCCUCUCCAUCCCUCUCGCACACCCCCUCUCAUACACACUCAUCCCCUCUCCAUCCCUCUCGCACACCCCCUCUCAUACACACUCAUCCCCUCUCCAUCCCUCUCGCACACCCCCUCUCAUACACACUCAUCCCCUCUCCAUCCCUCUCGCACACCCCCUCUCAUACACACUCAUCCCCUCUCCAUCCCUCUCGCACACCCCCUCUCAUACACACUCAUCCCCUCUCCAUCCCUCUCGCACACCCCCUCUCAUACACACUCAUCCCCUCUCCAUCCCUCUCGCACACCCCCUCUCAUACACACUCAUCCCCUCUCCAUCCCUCUCGCACACCCCCUCUCAUACACACUCAUCCCCUCUCCAUCCCUCUCGCACACCCCCUCUCAUACACACUCAUCCCCUCUCCAUCCCUCUCGCACACCCCCUCUCAUACACACUCAUCCCCUCUCCAUCCCUCUCGCACACCCCCUCUCAUACACACUCAUCCCCUCUCCAUCCCUCUCGCACACCCCCUCUCAUACACACUCAUCCCCUUUCCAUCCCUCUCGCACACCCCCUCUCAUACACACUCAUCCCCUCUCCAUCCCUCUCGCACACCCCCUCUCAUACACACUCAUCCCCUCUCCAUCCCUCUCGCACACCCCCUCUCAUACACACUCAUCCCCUCUCCAUCCCUCUCGCACACCCCCUCUCAUACACACUCAUCCCCUCUCCAUCCCUCUCGCACACCCCCUCUCAUACACACUCAUCCCCUCUCCAUCCCUCUCGCACACCCCCUCUCAUACACACUCAUCCCCUCUCCAUCCCUCUCGCACACCCCCUCUCAUACACACUCAUCCCCUUUCCAUCCCUCUCGCACAUCCCCUCUCAUACACACUCAUCCCCUCUCCAUCCCUCUCGCACACCCCCUCUCAUACACACUCAUCCCCUCUCCAUCCCUCUCGCACACCCCCUCUCAUACACACUCAUCCCCUCUCCAUCCCUCUCGCACACCCCCUCUCAUACACACUCAUUCCCUCUCUUUCCCUCUCAUCCCUUCUCAUCCCCUCUCAUCCCCUCUCAUCCCCUCACAUACACUCUUACACACUCUUAUACACUCGCAUUCACUCUCAUACGCUCUCAUCCCCUCUCAUCCCCUCUCAUCCCAUGUCACUCCCUCUAAUCCACUCUCAUACCCUCUCGUACCCACUCAUAUACACUCAUAUACACUCUCAUCCCCUCUUAUAGACUCCCAUACACACUCAUACACUCUCAUGCACUCUCAUUCACACUCAUCCCCUCGAAUCCCCUCACAUCCCCUCUCAUCCCCUCUCAUCCCCUCUCAUCCCCUCUCAUCCCCUCUCAUAUACUCUCACACACUCUCAUACACUCUCUUACACACUCUCAUCCCUCUUCAUCCACUCUCAUACACUCUCAUCUCCUCUCAUACACACUCAUACCUCCUAAUCCGCUCUCAUCCACUCUCAUACACUUCCAUACACUCUCAUUCACACUUAUCCCCUCUUAUCCCCUCACAUCCCCUCUCAUCCCCUCUUAUGUCCUCUCAUCACUCUCAUUCCUUCUCAAUCCCUCUCAUUCCUAUUCAUUCCCUCUCAUUCCUUUUCAUUCUCUCUCAUUCCCUCACAUCCGCUCUCAUUCCCUCUCAUCAUCUCUCAUUCCCUCUCAUUCCCUCUCAUUCACUUUCAUCCUCUUUCAGCCCCACUCUUUCCCUCUCAUCCACUCUCAUACACUCUCAACGCCUCUCAUCCAAUCUCACACACUAUUAUUCCCUCUCAUCCCCUCUCAUCCCCUCUCAUACCCUCUUAUCCACUCUCAUUCACUCUCAUUCACUCUCAUACCCUCCCAUCCACUAUCAUAUACACUCUUGUCCACUCUCAUCCCCUCUCAUUCACUUUGAUCGCCUUUCAUCCCCUCUCAUCCCCCCUCAUAACCUAUCAUAUACACUCUCAUCCCUCCACAUACACUCUCUUACUCAUUCACUCUCAUUCCCUCUCAUCCCCUCUCAUCCCCUCUUAUACACUAUCAUACACUCUCAUACCCUUCCAUCCACUAUCAUAUACACUCUCAUCCCCUCUCAUACUCUCCCAAACCCACUCAUCCAGUCUCAUCCCUCCUCAUACACUCUCGUACACUCUCAUCCCCUCUCAUCCCCUCUCAUCCCCUCGUAUGCACUCUCAUACUCUCUCAUUCACUCUCAUACCCUCCCAUCCACUAUCAUAUAUUCUCUCAUCCCCUCUCAUACUCUCCCAUACACAUUCAUCCAGUCUCAUCCCUCCUCAUAA